AGAAAGAAAAUUUGGAGGAGGUUAAGUUAGUUAGAAGAAGAAAACUUGGGAGCAAGAAAAGAAGAGCGAAAAUGUCUCCUUUCUCUCCCUUUCACCACUUACUCUCCUCUCAUUUCGCCACUUCUCCCUCACUCUGUUUUUUUUUUUUCUCAUUCUCUCCAAUCCAUUUCCACACCAAAUCAUCAAUCAAUCAACAACCAAAUCCUAAUUCAAAUAAAUAAGCCAUUGGGAUCAUGUAUUUUGAGUUUGGAAAUUUGGGUUCUUAUUAUCAUUUGAUGAUCAUCUAAGACUAGUGGUGGGUUUUUUUUGGAUGAAGGUAUAGUAAACUUGGGGAUUUUGAUUGUUUGAUGAACGGCCACAUGCAUCUAUGAAGACAAGGUCAAGGGAGCCGCCAUUUCACUACCUGAUGAUUGAGUGCCUUCGUCUUUCCCGGUUUCCUUUUAAAUGGAAUGGCAGAUCUUGUUCGUUAUGGCAAUUCUGAACGCGACAUUGAGCAAGCAAUUAUUACUUUGAAAAAGGGCACUCAACUACUCAAAUAUAGCCGUAAAGGAAAACCUAAGUUUCGAGCAUUUAGACUUUCCCCGGAUGAAACGACAUUAAUAUGGUUAUCACGUGGAGAAGAGAAGAAUCUGAAAUUAAGCUCUGUCACUCGUAUCCUUCCUGGACAGAGAACUGCUGUUUUUAGAAGAUUUUUGCGCCCGGAAAAGGAGUACUUGUCAUUUUCACUUCUAUAUAAUAACGGUGACAGAUCUCUUGAUUUGAUCUGCAAGGACAAAGCUGAGGCUGAAGUGUGGUUAGCAUGUCUUAAGGCAUUGAUUGGACAAAAUCGAAAUAGACGAGCCAAAAGUGAUUUAAGUGAUCUACAAGACGGUUUCUUUCAAAAUGGUCGCCCAUUUGGUGUAGCUCUAGAUUUCAGCCCUAGUAUUGCCAGCAGUAGUGCGUCUAUAGAUCUUGGGGGCUCAGAUGCGGGGUCAGAACGUGCAAGUAUGCAGGUGAGAUCUAGUGGUGCAGAUGGUUUCCGAAUUAGUGUUUCAAGCACUCCUAGCUGUUCAAGUGUUGGAUCUGGGGGUCCAGAUGACAUAGAAUCAUUAGGUGAUGUUUAUGUAUGGGGAGACGUUUGGGCUGAUGGAUCAGAUGGGACUGUAAGCGCAGUUUCACCAAAAAUCGAUGUGCUAACUCCUAAGCCCUUGGAAUCAAAUGUAGUCCUUGAUGUUCAUCAGAUAGCUUGCGGUGUAAGACAUAUUGCUCUCGUAACAAAGCAGGGUGAAGUUUUCACCUGGGGUGAGGAAUCAGGUGGAAGACUUGGCCAUGGAAUUGAAAAAGACUUUAGCCGCCCUCGAUUAGUUGAGUUCUUGGCAGUAACUAAUGUGGAAUUUGUUGCAUCCGGAGAAUAUCAUACAUGUGUUGUAUCUACAGCUGGUGAUUUAUUCACUUGGGGUGAUGGUACUCAUAAUGCUAGACUCCUUGGCCAUGGCACCGAUGUUAGCCAUUGGAUCCCAAAGAGAGUUUCUGGGGCAUUAGAAGGACUGCAAGUCUUAUCCAUCGCAUGCGGCACUUGGCAUUCAGCUCUGGCAACUUCUAAUGGCAAGCUAUUUACAUUCGGCGAUGGAACAUUUGGUGUUUUGGGCCAUGGAGAUAGGGAAAGUGCUGCAUAUCCAAAAGAAGUUCAACUGUUGAAUGGCCUAAAGACUAUUAAAGUUGCAUGUGGGGUAUGGCAUACAGCAGCUAUUGUCGAGGUUUCAGGCCAGUCUGGUGCUAACAUUUCAUCGAGAAAGUUGUUCACCUGGGGUGAUGGCGAUAAACACCGGCUGGGUCAUGGAAAUAAAGAAACUUAUCUACUUCCAACCUGCGUCUCUUCACUAAUCGACUACAACUUCCACCAGCUAGCCUGCGGACAUACUAUUACAGUUGCACUUACUUCAUCAGGUCAUGUUUUUACCAUGGGGGGUACUGCAUAUGGUCAACUAGGCAACCCAGGUUCUGAUGGAAAAUUACCAUGCCUGGUACAAGAAAAACUGGUAGGUGAAUUCGUGGAAGAAAUUUCUUGCGGAGCAUAUCACGUUGCUGUACUGACAUCAAGAAGUGAAGUAUUCACUUGGGGAAGAGGUGCCAAUGGAAGACUAGGACAUGGUGACAUAGAAGAUAGAAGAACUCCAACACUGAUUGAAUCAUUGAAGGAUAGACAUGUCAAAAAUAUAUCAUGUGGUUCAAACUUCACUUCCUGUAUAUGCAUCCAUAAAUGGGUCUCGGGUGCUGACCAGUCGGUUUGCUCGGGCUGCCGGCAGGCAUUUGGUUUCACUAGAAAGAGGCACAAUUGUUACAAUUGCGGACUGGUGCAUUGCCAUGCUUGCAGUUCCAAGAAAGCAUUGAAAGCAGCAUUGGCUCCAACUCCUGGAAAACCUCAUCGUGUUUGCGAUGCUUGCUACAUAAAACUGAAAUCUGCUGAAGUUGGUAAUGCUUCAAAUUUGAAUAGAAAAUCUGCUGGUCCACGUCCCUCAAUUGAUGGCAGGGAAAGAUUAGAUAGAGGAGAGAUAAGGUCUUCCAGGCUUUUGCUCUCUCCCAACACAGAACUGGUCAAAUACCUUGAGAUAAUGACAGGUAAACCCGGGACUCGAUUCGAUGCUGCUUCUCAAAUGCGAGGUUCCCAAGUCCCAUCGACUUUACAGCUAAGAGAAGUCGGACUUCCAAGUACAUUUGUUGCUUUUCAAAAUGCUUUUAGACCGGCUACUCCUCCAGCAACGCCACCAGCUCAGUCCCCUAUUAACUCAAGAUCUAGCUCACCGUACUCAAGGCGACCAAGUCCUCCACGCUCCAGUACAAAUACAUUUUCAAAGAACGUUAUCGAAAGCCUGAGGAAGUCAAAUGAACUUCUGAACCAAGAAGUGUCAAAACUGCAAAAUCAAUUAAAAAGUUUGAAGCAGAAAUGUGGUACGCAAGACACGGAGAUUCUGAAACUACGGAAAAAUGCUCAAGAACAUGCUUCAUAUGCUGCAAAGGAAUCAUCCAAGUUUAAAGAGGCCAAGGAAGUUGUGAAAUCCAUCACAGAUCAGUUGAAGGAAAUAAUAGAGAGGUUGCCUUCUGAAGUUUCUGAAAGUGAAACCCUUAAAGCUAUAAAUACACAAGCUGAAGCAUUCUUAAAAACUCAUGGAACAAAUGAAGCAUCAAUGGAGUCUUCAAAUGAUCAGAGGAUGGAGUAUAGUGUGGACACCACAGCUGUCCCAUCUAACUAUAGCUCAGAAAACGAAUCAAGAUCAUCCGAGGCUUCAGCGGUUAGAGGUGGUGUAGAAAAGGAAAUUACCGAGCAAUUCGAACCUGGAGUGUACAUCACUUAUGUUAAUCAUCGAAAUGGAGGGAAGAUCUUCAGACGAGUUAGAUUCAGCAAACGAAGGUUUGAUGAGACACAAGCUGAAGAAUGGUGGAGCAAAAAUAAAGAUAGGGUGCUUAAAAGGUACAGUCCACAUGCAACUAAAUCGGCUUCUUCAACGGCAUCAUCCCUUACUCAACCACCACCACCACCACCACCAGUUGUUGAUGAAACCACAGAAGCAGCACCUCCUCCUUAAACUUAGUUUCAUAAAACUUGGUAAUGUAGAAUAGAAAAAAUAUCAAGUGGCUAUCUUGAUUCGCGAUUGCAGCAAUAUUACGGAUCAACAAUUAGCGGAUGUAUUCGGUUUUAGAAAAAAAAGAUUUAGCUAAUGGAUAAAUUAGGAUACAAGGAAUUUCCAUCACUUUACAGGCAAAGAAACAACUCCUCGCUCUCUCCAGAGACACCAUUUCCAUUAAGGGAAGAAAAGAAGGUACAUUUAACUGUUUGUUACUCAUUCUUUGUUUCUUAUUCUUUUUGUUUUGAUCAUGUAUCAAUCAUUUAAACCAAAUGCUUGGUUGUAUUGGACACUGUUUUAUUACUUUAUAAAUGCAUGCUUUUAUAUACACAAA